AUGGCUCGCAAGUUCUUCGUCGGCGGUAACUUCAAGAUGAACGGCACUCUGUCGUCCAUCAAGGAGAUCGUUGCCAACCUGAACAAUGCCAACCUCGACCCCAACGUCGAGACCGUUAUUGCUCCUCCCGCCCUCUACCUUCUGCCCGUCCGCGAGCACCUGAAGCAGAAGACCGUCGAGGUUGCUGCCCAGAACGUCUACGACAAGCCCAACGGCGCCUUCACUGGCGAGAUCUCUGUCCAGCAGCUCAAGGACUCUGGCGUCCACUGGACUAUCCUGGGCCACUCUGAGCGCCGCACCAUCCUCAAGGAGUCCGACGAGACCGUUGCCUCCAAGACCAAGUACGCCGUUGAGAACGGUGUCAGCGUCAUCUGGUGCUGCGGCGAGUCUCUGGAGGAGCGCGAGGCCGGCAAGACCCUCGAGGUCAUUGCCAACCAGCUCGCCGCCCUCAAGAAGGAGAUCAGCGACUGGAGCAAGAUCGUCAUUGCCUACGAGCCCAUCUGGGCCAUUGGCACUGGCAAGGUCGCCACCACUCAGCAGGCUCAGGAGGUCCACGCCUCCAUCCGUGCCUGGUUGAAGAAGGAGGUCAGCGAGAAGGUCGCCGAGGAGACCCGCAUCCUGUACGGUGGCAGUGUUAGCGAGAAGAACUGCAAGGAGCUCAGCAAGGAGGCCGACAUUGACGGUUUCCUGGUCGGUGGUGCUUCCCUGAAGCCUGCCUUCGUUGAAAUCAUCAACUGCAAGUUGUAA